CCUCGGCUCCCCUCUGCGAGGGGGCUCCGGCCUCCGCCACGACUUCUACUGGAACUCCAGUAACCCCAGUCUCAGCCCUGCCCUUCCAGCUGAAUCACCUUUAGGCAAGUCGUCUGACCUCCCUAACCUCAGUUAUCUCAUCUGUAAAAUGGGCUAACAAUACCUAGUAGCUGGGAAAUCAGGCGGGCGAACUGAGUUCAUGAGUUUGAAAGAGGUGUGUUUAUUAUAGAAAUAAACUAUUGUUUCUUUCUCUCUCCUGAGCUGCCUGCCUUUGAACCUGGGUGUUUUGUACUGUUUCCAUCCCCCUCCUCAAUUCCCUCUGCUUCUCUCUGCUUUCUCUUAUCUGUUUUCCUUUCUGAUUUUCUACUUGAGGCAAUCUGUGACUCUGUGCAUUUAUUCACUCACUAACAUUUAUUAAGCAUAUACUGUGUACCAGGACCUGUGCGAGGGUGCUUGGGAUUUAGAGAGGUAAGAAGACCUAGUCUCUGCCCUCUAGGAGCCCAAAGACCCCCUGGGGAGGGCAGGCUGAGGGACAGGUCAUUACAAUACCAAUACCGUGUGAUAAGAGCUAUUGUCCUCCAACUCUGAAUUCCUCUCUCUGUUCCAGACCAGUGCCUCUGAAUUAGGUUCCUAGCCCCCAUCCCUGAGGUUUCUGGUUCAUUCAUUCAAUCCCCGGAUAUUUAUUGAGCGCUAUCCUUGUGCAGGACACUUUUCCAGGCACGAAGGAUGCAGUGGAACAAAACAUACAAAGGCCCAGCUUGUGUUCUAGUAGGUCUGAGCUGGGCCCAGGAAUCUGCAUUUCUAAUCAGAACUUCUGAUGCUGGUGGUCCUCGGACCACCCAUUGAGGGACAGUUGGAGGCCUUUCCUAAGUCAAACUAGGCUGUGUGUCUGGUUGGGAGGGGGCAAGUGGUUCCUGCUAUAUUUGAUGCUGUGAGGGGCAGCCAGUCUUAGCCCUUCUCACCUGUACUGGCUCCCCCAGGCAACCCCCAAGAGGUAGGGAAGGGAGUCCUGAGCAGGCUGAAGAUGGGGUGAUAGGUGGACGGCCCCCCCUCCAUGUCUGCCACUUCCUUGUCCUGGCAAAAAAAGGGAGGCACCCCCUACCCACUCCCUCAUUCUUUGUUUCACCAUGGUCUUCUGUUCGGUAUUGGACUGAGGUCUAAAGGGCAGUGACCCUCUCUGCAUCUUUUAAGGAGGACACUGUCCCCAGUCUCCAUCUCUGCCUCUGUGACUGCCUUGUGGGCUCAGAUCUCUAUCCCUUGCCUCUGCUCCGGCUUUGUCACAGCAGCCAUCCACCUAACAUUUAUCUAGCACAGGUGCUGUGCCAGGCCCUAGGCACUGGGGCUGGAGAUCUAGGCGGCAGCUCCAACCCGAAAGGCAGGGUGUGGUGAGAGGCCUUCUCACACUGAGCCACGUGGUUCUGGGCACAGUCCCUUAACCUCUCUGAACCUGUGAAUCUGUCACCUCAUCCAUUUCUUACACUCUUUGUCUCAAGACUUGUCAGUUUGGGGAACUCAGGCCUUGCUGAACUGCUCCCUCUCCAGAGGACGGGGAGAGGCUGGCAGGGACCCUUGGGAAGGGUAUCUCUGACCCUUGUGCCCCAGGCGUGCCAUGCCAUGCCUACUUUGUGCCUGCAGGCUGCUUCGAGGGGACGCAGUGGUGGAACUGGGCCUCAACGACUAUCUAGACAUCUUCUGCCCCCACUAUGAGGGCCCAGGGCCUCCUGAGGGCCCUGAGACCUUUGCUUUAUAUAUGGUGGACUGGCCAGGCUAUGAGGCCUGCCAGGCGCAGGGGACAGGUGCCUUCAAGCGCUGGGAGUGUUCCCUCCCCUUCGCUCCCUUCGGCCCUGUUAAAUUCUCAGAGAAGAUUCAGCGCUUCACACCCUUUUCGCUUGGCUUCGAGUUCUUGCCUGGAGAGACCUACUACUACAUCUCCGUGCCCACUCCGGGGAGUCCUGGCCAGUGCUUGAGGCUGCAGGUGUCCGUCUGCUGCAAGGAGAGCAAGUCCGAGUCAGCCCAUCCUGUUGGGAGCCCUGGAGAGAGUGGCACAUCUGGGUGGCAAGGAGGGGGCGCUCCCAGCCCCCUCUGUCUCUUGCUACUGCUGCUGCUCCCAAUACUGCGUCUCCUGCGAGUUCUCUGAGCCAAGCGGACCCUUCCUGCCACCCCAGGACCCAGAGCCCUCCCAAGGCUCUGUGGAGGAGGAACCCCUGCUCCCUGAGCUGGGAGUGCCAAACUGGACAGACAAGAUGGAGGAGCGAUGCGGGGGGACAGAGGGUCUGAGGUGCCCCUGCAGGAGCCGGCCCCUCAUCCCAGGUUGAAGAGGAACUACAGGGAAGCUGCAGACAGCCCUGGGCACCUGGCACCCCAGCAAGACAAACAUGGGGUCUCCCUCAGCGGCUCUGAUGGUCUCACCCGUCCUCCAGGCAGGAAGACUGGGAUUUGGUGGGAUUGAAUCCUUGAGCCUGCUGGGAGCCAAGGCCAAAGACCUGGGGCAGGUGGAUUGCUGGACCAGGGCGAGGAAGCAACCCAGGCCUGCCAUCUGUGCCCAGUGCCCUAUGGGCCCCUUCCCUGGGGCAGCACCUUUCCCUCCCAGGGGGUCACUCACUUGUCUUCUGUGAAGACAGACUGGCCAUGAGGCUGAAUUUCAUACCAAUUUGUAUUUUUAUAAGUAUCUGGACCAAACUCUCAAUAAAUCACCCAUCUUUUCAUUGCUCUCCCCAGCCCACU